AUGCAAAUAAAUGCAAUAUUUCACAAUGAGGACGACGAAUUUGAAAGACACCUGUCGAGCAAAUAUAAUGAUAAACACAUGGAGCAAAUCAUAAAGAGCAUUAAUGAAUAUAGAAAUAGUCGAUCCAAAGGCCAACUCGUACACAUCUGCCAUAACACUAUUGAUUUAUUUCUUUUGUUUUCCACAAAUGAUGAGAUUAGCUUUAUGACCAACUUGGAUAAAACAUCCAGCAGCUACGAAAUUUCGAUGUACAAUUAG